CCUGGAAGAGUUCUUACCACAGAACUCUCGAGAGUCGACUACAUCGAGAUAAAAAAGUAAAAUCGUAAAACGAAGACGCAGGGGUAAUCUCGGGGAUUCCCGCCGUUCGUAAUCACGCCGCUCUGCAAAACGUGAUAGGAAGCAGAAGAGGAAGAAGGAAGAAGAGGGUGGACAGACAUCGCUUUCGGUCCGUCCGAUCACCGAGAUCGAGAGUCAACCCCACUUCCCCAACCCCUAUUUGUUUAUUCGCUCGAAUCCUUUCCCACCAUUCCCAACCAAUCGAAGGACCAGAGGUCAUGGUUGUUCAGUUUUAACAGCACAAAAACACAUGAGUAUUCAAAGAAUAUGAUGGCUUGUGAUUCCAUGUUCAGAGGUAAGGAGGGGGAGGAUGUAUUCUCUGAUUCCAGAGAGGAAUUGUCUUCGGUAUUUGAUUCAUGCCCUGGUAGUCCGGCGACUAGUCACGUCUCAUUGGGAGAAGAGAAUUCUGUAAAGUUGUUGAAUGAUGAUUCUCUAUACCAAGUUUGGAUCAGGAGUCCAGGUAGCAUACAGGAAAGGCGAGCCAAGUUCAUGAAGUACAUGGGUUUGGAUCCCAUUCAUCCUGAUGAUGAGCUAAUGACAAAUGAUACAAUUGUAGGUGACCUUGAUAGCAAUUCCACAGAAUAUGGUGCUGUUUUUAGGAAAUGUUCUUCGGAGAGGUUUGAAGAAGUUGCUUGCACCUCACUGGGGAGAUCCUCUGGCGAGCAAUUUGAGCGAAGAACUGAGAAUUCAGAGGAUGGGGUCUUUGUUGCACGAGAUUCAAACCAAAAUGGUAGCUUUUUAAGAGGCAUUCCAAAGAAAACGUCGAUGAGGAAAAACUUUGCGUGGUUGAGGCGAUUGGGUUCCAUGGCAUGUAUUGUAGAUAGGCAAGGUUAUUUAACUGGUUCAGCUCUCAAUGAUUCUGAUGAGAGGUCGAAGGCAAGAUUUCAGCGAGUUCAAGUGCAUUUAAAUAGAAAGCAGUCCAAGGAAUUCUCUGCACUUUAUAUGGGGCAAAAUUUUAAGGCUCAUAAUGGAGCCAUUCUGACAAUGAAGUUUAGCCCAGAUGGAGAGCAUAUAGCUAGUGGCGGAGAAGAUGGAGUUGUGAGAGUAUGGCAGGUGAUGGAACGUCCAAGGAAUUCAAAUCUUUAUGCUGACAGUCUUAAAAAUAUCAGGUCCAUGAAUUUUUGCGGAACUUCAGAUUCAGCUCAUGUCAUUGUUCCUCCGGAGGUCUUCGAGGUAUCGGAGAAAGCACUGCAUGAGUUCCAUGGUCAUAAAGGCGACGUGUUGGAUCUUGCAUGGUCAAAAGAUAAGUGUUUGUUAUCAUCUUCUGUUGAUAAAACUGUUCGAUUGUGGCAAUUGGGGUGUGAUGGUUGCCUCAAAGUUUUUGCUCAUAGUGACUAUGUGCCUUGCGUUCAGUUUAAUCCCAUGGAUGAGAAAUAUUUUGUUAGUGGCUCUAUAGAUGGCAAAGUUCGCAUUUGGGAAAUUCCAACAUGUCGUGUUGUGAAUUGGACAGAUGCUAAACAAAUAGUCACAGCAAUUUGUUAUUGCCCAGACGGGAAGGGUGUGGUUGUUGGUUCCAUUAUGGGUGAUUGUCGGUUUUAUGUUGCUACAGAUGAUGACCUGCAACUGAGUUCUAUGGUUUCAUUUGUUGGCAAAAAGAAGUCAUUCGACAAGAGGAUAACUGGCUUUCAGUUUUGCCCUACCUGCAGCAGUAGGCUUAUGGUUACAUCUGCAGACUCGGUAAUACGAAUUCUCGAAGGGGUCAAUGUUGUCUCUAAAUACAAAGGUUUUCACAAUACUGGAAGUAAGAUAUCAGCAACAUUCACUCCUAAUGGGGAACAUAUAGUUUCUGCAAGUAAGGACUCAAACGUCUAUAUCUGGAACCACAUGAACCAAACCCAUAUCCCCUCAACUAACUCGAAGAGCAUCAAGUCUUUUGAACGUUUCGCCUCAAGUAAUGUAAGCGUCGUGAUCCCAUGGCAGGGUUUCCUAAAAAAAUCAAGCUUGAAUGCCUCUAAAUAUGACUUCCUUCGUCAUGUAGACUAUAAGGCCAAUAAGAUUCUAUACCUCUCACUUCCCAGUAAUCUGACUUUAGGCUAUAAGUUCUUGGCUGAUUUCGUUCCGUGGGGAUCAGUAACAUGGCCGGAAGAGAAGCUACCUUUUAGCAUGGUAAAAAACUUCACCUUUCCUCGGACUUCCGGUCAGAAGAGGACACCCCAUUCCUGGGGCCAUGUUAUAGUAACUGCAGGAUGGGAUGGGAGAAUAAGGGCAUUCCAGAACUAUGGGUUGCCGUUAAACCUGUGAAUUAUUUACUCAUUUUAUUGAGAAAUAUUUUAGAGAUUUUCGAGACAUCGGCUGAAUUCAUCAUAUUCAACACGAUCAAUAUGUUAGGUUAUGAAAAGAUGUGAUAGUAAUCUAUAAUUAAUCUACAACAUAUUCUCUUGCACCAUAUUGUGUGCAAGAGAAAUAUGUUGAAAAUAUGUAGAUUUUGUAAAUGUGAAAAGCUUUGUUCUCUUAGAUAUAUAUGUUGCAACAUGAUAUGUUGUAAAGUUGAAUCCUGGAUGCCAUGGGUACUACGGGAUUCUGCAUUGUAACUGUAAUAUAGAAAGAGAUUUACGUUUAAACUUCAUAAAAGAGGAGAUUACUUCAAAAUGUAUGGAUAGACUCUUUCAUCAAUUUUUUAAUUAUUCUUUGUAAACUGUGCUUAUUUGUUGUAAUAGAUUCAUGUUCGGUAGC